AUGGCUACCCCAAAAAGUUUUUAUGACUUGGAAGAAAAAAAUAUCAAAGGGAUACCAGUUAAAUUUAGUGAAUAUAAAGGAAAAGUAGUUCUGAUUGUUAAUGUGGCUUCAAAAUGUGGAUAUACUAAACAAUAUAAACCUUUACAAGACCUUUAUAAAAAUUAUAAGUCCGAGGGAUUUGAAAUCCUUGGAUUUCCUUGUGAUGAAUUCGCAAAUCAAGAACCUGGAAAAAUUGAAGCAUUUGCCUGCGGAACGCAUAAAGUAACUUUCCCAUUGUUCCAAAAGAUCAAGGUCAAGGGUUCCGAUGCUUCACCCGUUUACCAAUUCCUUAAGUCGCAUAAUCCCGGUGAAAUUAAAUGGAAUUUUGAGAAAUUUGUGAUUGAUCGUAAAGGAAAUGUCAGGGGAAGAUAUUCGUCAGGCGAUGUGCCUGGUAUUAAAGAUGCAAGUACUCUACUUUUUGAUGUCAUAAAGGAGACAUCAAUUUUGCAGGCCAUUAUCAUCAUAGCAUUAGAAGUUCGAGUAUAUUUACGCAACGUUGAAGCCGAAUCUAAAGUUAAUGAUUUAAAAAAUAAUCUCCCAACAGGAAAUAAUACAAAUUGUCAGCUCGAUCCUUCAAUUCUUCAGUGGUUAGAAGUGAAAAAAUGGUAUAACGAUUUGUCAGAUGCUUGCCCAAAUGAAAUAAAUGAAAUAAAUUUCAGCAAACGAUUCUUUGGAUACGAUCUUCCUUUAGUAAUCGCUUUAUUAUUAUUUGCUUUGAUAAUGUCAUUACUUUGUUAUGAAUUGUAUCAUAUAUAUGGAUGGUUUACGUAUAAGACGAUAGGAGCUGAUGUAAAGAUUCAAAGGGUAUAUAUUACAUACACGAGAUUUAUAAUGAUAUUAAAAUUAGAUUGGUUCUUUAUGUUUGGUUUUGCAAUUGAAUCAUGCAAAAUUUAUGUAGACAGAAUGCAAGAUUUGAGCAACGCUAAAAAAGAAUGGAAAAUAGGAAGUUAUAUCUCUUGUGCCUUUUGGGUUAUAUGUAUCAUAGAUUUUUGUAUUCUUUUAUAUUUUUCAAUAGGAACUGUCAAUGAUAGUUGGUAUUUCUUUAUUAUUUAUGAUAUAGUUGCAAUUAUUUUUGCAUCGGUGUCAAUAAUAUGGAAUAUUCUAGUUAUUUUAAAUUUCGGUUUCAAAAUACAAGAUAAAAUUGACAAAAAGGAAAAACGAAAUUCUAUACUUUUUCUACAUGAUGAUGAAUCUGGAGAAAAAUUUACUAUUGAUGAUUAA